AUGGCCUCUUCAUAUUCCUGGAUCCAUCCCAGCCUGCUUAUCCUUCCCCUCAUCAUCGCCUGUGCAGCCAUUGGGGCCAGUAGUCCCAAUUCCACCAAGCCAGCCCUCCUUCGCCUUUCAGACUACCUCAUGGAAGAAUACAAGAAGGGUGUGAGACCUGUUCUGGACUGGAGACGCACCACCACUGUAUAUAUUGAUGUCAUAGUCUAUGCCAUUUUGGGAGUGGAUGAGAAAAAUCAAGUGCUGACAACAUACAUCUGGUAUAGACAGUUCUGGGUGGACGAGUUUCUUACCUGGGAUCCAACAAAGUUUGAAAACAUUACUCAGAUCUCCAUCCCUACAGAAAAGGUCUGGAUCCCGGACAUAAUGAUCAAUGAAUUUGUUGAUGUUGGAAAGUCCCCAGAUAUUCCAUAUGUCUACGUCAAUUAUGAAGGUAGAAUACAGAACUAUAAGCCUAUCCAAGUGGUGACCGCUUGCAGCCUUAACAUAUACAACUUUCCAUUUGACCUUCAGAACUGUUCGCUAACAUUCACCAGCUGGCUUCACACAAUUCAGGAUAUUAAUGUGUCACUAUGGAGAACACCGGAGGAGGUGAAAGAAGACAAGAGUCUCUUUAUGAACAAGGGCGAGUGGGAGCUGCUCUAUGUAUUGUCCCAAUAUCGAGAGUUUGUGGAGCAUGAAGAUAGCUUUGCAGAAAUGAAAUUCCAUGUAGUGAUUAAAAGAAGACCCCUCUUCUAUGCUGUGAAUUUGCUUCUGCCCAGUAUGUUUCUCAUGGUCAUGGAUAUUAUAGGAUUCUACCUUCCUCCAGAUAGUGGCGAAAGGGUCUCUUUCAAGAUCACGCUCCUUCUGGGAUACUCUGUAUUUCUCAUCAUUGUAUCGGAUACACUGCCUGCUACAGCCAUCGGAACGCCGCUGAUUGGUGUGUACUUUGUGGUUUGCAUGGCGCUCUUGGUGAUUAGUCUUACAGAAACUAUACUCAUAGUACGUUUAGUACAUAAGCAGGACCUUCAGCCCCAUGUUCCAAAUUGGUUGAAGAGGCUGGUCUUGGAGAAAAUAACAGUUAUACUCUGCAUCAGGGACAAGAAGUUUGGGACAGCUCGUACCGACAGCUUGGAUAUAUCCCGGCAGACAGAAAACAGUAGUAUUGAGAGACUGGCCCGGUACAAUUCUGAGAACUCCAAGGACUAUGAAAAGUCAGUUGGCGUCAUUCUGCCCAGCCGAGAGAGUUCAGUGAUCGUGGACAGCAUUCUCCAUGAAAUUGCAUCCAUCCGACACUACCUGGAAAAACGAGAUGAGUAUAGAGAUAUAGCCAAGGAGUGGCUGCAGAUCGGAUAUGUUCUCGAUGUCCUCCUCUUCAGAGUGUAUCUUUUGGCAGUUUUGGCCUAUACGGUUACCAUGGCAACGCUGUGGUCCUACUGGCAGCAGGCCUAAAGCUUAGAGGACCAGAUGAUAAGCUUCAGAAAUAAAUCCACUCAGUUACUUUCUAAUUAAAACUAAUUUGC